GGGACCGGGGCGGCGGCGGAGCCCGGGGCACCUCUCCAUCCCGCGGUAGUCAUGGCAGAGGGCUCCGAGAAGGUGCCCAUCGCCCACGCUGGGCCCGAUGAUGUGGAACUGUGCCUGCCCCCCGCGUACGCGGCGGCGGCGCCCCCCGGGCCCGGGCGGCUGCUGAAGGCCGGAGCCGCAGUGCUGAUCGCUGGAGCGCUCCUGCUCCUGGCCGGAGCCAUCGGCGCCUUCUACUUCUGGAAGGCCACGGAGCAGCAGGUGUACAACGUUCACUACACUAUGAGCAUUAAUGGAAAAGUACAAGAUGGAUCAAUGGAAAUAGAUGCUGGAAAUAACUUAGAGACAUUCAAAACAGGAAGUGGGAAUGAAGAGGCUGUUGAAGUUCAUGAUUUUCAGAUCGGCAUAACUGGGAUCCGUUUUGCUGAAGGAGAAAAGUGUUACAUCAAAGCUCAGCCAAAAGCUCACGUCCCCGAAGUUGAUGCUAUGACUAAAGCGAGCCUCUCAUCUGAGCUGGAAGAUGAAAUCAUGCCUGUGAGAUUUGACAAAAAUUCCCUUAUCUGGGUGGCUGCAGAUGAGCCUAUCAAGCAUAACAGCUUCCUAAGCCCCAAAAUUUUAGAGCUUUGCGGGGAUCUUCCAAUUUUCUGGCUGCGACCAACAUAUCCCAAAGAUAACCAAAGGAGAGAAAUGAAGAGAAACAAGCGCCAAUCAGGAUCAAACUUUGAUGAGGAAGACUUGGAAGCUGCUGCUGAAGAAGUAAACCCCAGGUCACCUACAGUGCAACUGAGUCAAGAGCUUGAUCACCAGUUUAAUGACACCAGGCCAAUGGGACGAGAAACAGAUCAAACAUUUAAUCCAGACAACCCAUAUAAUCAGCUGGAAGGUGAAGGGAUGGCUUUUGACCCCAUGCUGGAUCACCUGGGCGUGUGCUGCAUUGAAUGCCGGCGCAGUUACACACAGUGCCAGAGAAUCUGCGAGCCCCUCAUGGGCUACUACCCGUGGCCUUACAACUACCAAGGGUGUCGCACCGCCUGCCGAAUCAUCAUGCCUUGCAGCUGGUGGGUUGCUCGUAUCAUGGGUGUUGUGUGAGAGAAAGCCUUGACAAAAAAAAUCUUUAAAAAAAUCAGGAGACUUGACAACGUAAGCAGGAAUUGCAAUGACGACAAACUGGUAACAGACUACAACCAAAGCAGCAGUACCGAUCCUGGUUUUCAAAAUCAAAGUAUGUUUUACUGCACCAGAAGCAAGGUCAGAUAUUCUAACUUCAAAUUAAAAUCUUAAGUUAAUAUUCUAUUAGAUUUACAAGUGACAAGGGUAUAUUAGCACUUGCUGAAUUACAAAACUGAGACAUUCCCCAAAAAAGACAGUAAUAAACUUUGCUCACAAACUCGUUUAGCAGUCCAGAACCUUGCCUAUAAACUCAGCCUUUCGUAACAAAAUCCCCUCUUUCCAAGCUACAUGUGAAAAUUUACAUCCAAUUAGGCAACUAGCUCAACUUGUACACUUGGGAGUGCCUUUCAUCCAUGCAGCUUACUUAAAUAAAUCACAAGUUAAGUUGCUCCCCGUUAAGUUGCUCCCCUUUGCUAUUUGGAGUUGCCAGGUCAUUAUGAAUGGUUAUAAACCAAUUACAGCAUACCUUUCCCCCAAAGCUGCUCCAGGGGACACGGGAAAGCACACAUUGUGCUAAAUCGGAAACAAACAGCAGGAAAAGGGGCUGUAGAAGGGAAUGUGCGUGGCUGCAGAAUCAAAACCCUUCGCACAUCCCAACAUCAAAGAAGCCUCAGCAUUAAGAAUCUUGUAUCCAUGAUACCACUGUAGUGUCUAACAAGUAUCUGCUAUCCAGUUACUACAGCAAGAGUAUUUACGUGCAGUUGCAGACCAAAGAGCCUCAAGGCCCUUCAGAAUCUGCAACAGCCACUGUAAUUUAUAAAUCCUUGAAUUAGACACUUUUGACACAAGAUUACAACCCCUCUUUAUUCCACAUGGAUAGCAGCCAUUCAGACUAGCUCCUUUAGCUUCAAUGAAACUAACCUCUGUUCCCUGAAGAGAAACUGCUUACCAGCAAGGAGAAAAAAAAAAAAAAAAAAAGAAAAAAAAAAGAGUUUCUCAUCUCACCCUUUUUGGUUAGGCAAACUCUGCAAUUAUUGGGAUUGAUCCUAUUAGAUUUUAAACCUCUAAGGAAGGUACUAAGCCAAAAUACUCAAAGAUGGAAUGACUUAGUAUUGACUAGCCUUGAAAACCAAAGACAGAGGUAUUAUACCGCCUUCAUCCAUACUAUACAUCCUGAACCCUACCACCGAGUUUAUGGAGCCAUCUAGAUGGUCUUUAUGAACAAAAGGGUCCAAUUUUUCUUAAAGUUCACUUUCUGGAGCAUUCACUUUUUUGACUAAACAGCUCUUGAGAUGUUGCAAGCCCAGUAAUGUUAUUAACACUGCGUGAGACACAGAAAAGAGGAAUUAAUUUGACAUAAUCAUGGCUUAAAGAAAAUAAAGACAACCUCAUGUGAAAUGCUAAACUGCAUAUCUAAAAAGCAAAGUGUUAAAUGAGAAUAAGAUGACACUAGAAUUCAGUAUUUUGUUCUAUUGUAGCUUUUUUAAUGUAAGCUUCACCUUCCCUUAAUCUGAAGGACAGACUCGCUUUGAAAUAUUUAAAUUAUAAACUUCUUAAAGUGGGAUUUCAAGGCCUGUUAAAUUUGAGUUUCUCCUUUUUAAACUGAAAAUGACCUUGAUCAUUAUGUUGUUUUAGCAGUAUGUCAUUCAUAUGCUUAGAAAAGUCAGGUUUCCUUUUUUUUUUUUACUGCACAUUAAACAAAUACAUUAAAAAA